CCGUAACAAUAAAAGGCAAAGAAGAUUACGGAUAACGUUUGUCUCUUGUUCGCCAGGGUUUGUUUAUACUCAGUCGGCGUCAACACGGCUGUCAUGGUACCAUCUGUGAUACCAACUCUCAGUGACGCCCCAGGGCCAACAGCUCUACCAGCAAAGUUGAAGACAGGCAGAAGUUACUAGUCUGGGAGUUGGGCAGGUUGCCAUUCCUUCAGCAGGAAAAUUUUUCUGCACAGCACUGCUAUUGAAGUUUGUGAAAGUAUCAUCUGUGUAGUUCCUGGCAACACAGCUGGGGAGAAGCACAUGGACAGUAUAUAAGUUUGACAUUUUGUAAAACUCUGAAGAAUUUGAAGAGUUUUGUGUGUGAAGCAGUAAGGGAGGCCAUGGUGUAUUGAACAGUGUGUUGAUGACAAUGGAACAAACAAAAGUAUUCAAGUGUGAGGAGUGUGGGGAAGUACUGAAGAGUCGAAGCAGGUUUUUGCAGCACUCACUCUUUCAUGUUGGAGCAAAUGUCUUUUACUGUGAGAAUUGUGAAAAACUCUUCCUUAGUAAGGAGGAGCUUGAUGAACAUACAAAUCAUGAGUGUACUUCAAAUGAGAAACCAUAUAUUGCAGAUAGCAUUAAUGAGAAACAUGCAAAUGAUUCCACUGUGAAGAAAUAUUUUGAAUGUAAUGAUUGCAAAAAAACAUUUGAUAAUAAAUCCGGUCUUGCCCAACAUAAAAACAUUCACUUUAUCCGAAGAGUUAGAAAACCGGUAAACACUCAGAAGAAAGCCAGGGAUCACAUAUGCCGGGAAUGCAUGAAAGGCUUCAGCAGUAAGAGCAUUCUCAGUGUGCACAUGCGCAUUCACACAGACACAAAACAACACAGAUGUGAGGAGUGUGGCAAGGCAUUCACUUGCAAAAACUAUCUUGCCCUGCACCAGAAAACUCAUUCCUUAGAAAAGAUAUACAAGUGCAAUGAGUGCAGCAAAGCAUUCACCCAAAAGAGGUACCUCGCUCAUCACUUAAAUAUUCACACUAGAGGCAAGAGUUGUGUGUGUGAAGAGUGUGGGAAAACAUUUAGCGACAAAAGUAGCUUCAGCCGUCAUAAAAAAAUCCACACUGGGAAGAAGCAGUACAAGUGUGACAAGUGCAACAGAACAUUCAGGCAGAAGGCUUACCUCAAUGAACAUAAAGGCAGUCAUGGUGGGAAGAACCAGUACAAAUGUGACAAGUGUGGUAUGACAUUAGGUAGUAGAAGCAGCCUAAUCAAUCAUGUGAAGAUCCAUGUUAAAGGAAACCAUUUCAAGUGUAGUGAAUGUAAGAAAACCUUCAGCCAGGAAAGAUACCUCAAGCAGCAUGCUCUCUUCCAUAGAGGAGAAAAGAGACACACGUGUGAGAAGUGUCAACGUCUCUUCACCACCAAAGGCAGCCUCACUCGCCACCAGAAAAUGCACGUGAGAGGAAAGAAAGAAGUGAAGUCAGCAUAAGAAAACACUUUUAAACUAAACUAAGCUUUUUUUACCUACAUUAGUGUGGUAGAAACUUGUUACCAAAUAAUGUGGAGAAGUCCAUUUUAUGAUUAGAUGAAAAUGUGGAUGCAUAUGUGUGUGUGUGUGUGUGUGUGUGUGUGUGUGUGCAAUGAUUUUUUAUUAUUAUUCUUUCAUAAGUUUAAUAUUAAAACUAAGAAACAGAAGAUUGAUUAGUAAAUCUGGCUGAAAAUAAUUAAUGUGUUGUGGUAUAUAUAUAUGUACACGUAUUGAUGUAAUGAUUGGGAUUUUGCACGUUUUACAUAUUAAGUCUAGUCACAAUUGUCAUUCAUUUAUUUAUAUUUGGGAUUCAGUUAACAGGAUUGUACUGUAUAUGUAUACUACAGAUUAUGCAUACAACCUUUCACAGAUUUAUCUUUAUUUUCUUUACGUUUAUAGUUAAAUGUGAAGAAAGUACAGAAACUCAGAUUACACACACACACACACACACACACACACACACACACACACACACACACACACACACACACACACACACACACACACACACACACACACACACACACACACACAG